AUGUCAGCUAGAAUUGGGCGGCUGCGGGGCCUAUGUCUGCGCCAUUCUUCCUGGUUUGUAGUGCAGCAACAUGACCAACCCGCGCUCGAACAGCGGCAGUUCCGUCUCGCCGUCAAAGACAACAUCGCCACAGUUUCCCCCAAUUCCGAAGAGGAAACGCCUCUAACGACGACAUGCGGCUCCAACUUCCUUGCCAACUACCGCAGUCCCUUCGAGGCCACCAUCGUCACCCAACUGCGAUCGCGCGGCGCUCUCUUGGUCGGCAAGACGAACCUGGAUGAGUUCGGCAUGGGUAGCCACUCGGUACACACGGCCUUUGGACCAGUCGCGCAGGAGGGGGAGCACGAACAACAAGCAGUCAAGCACUCCGCGGGUGGCAGCUCAGGCGGAAGUGCCGUAGCCGUAGCCACGGGCGAAGCGGACCUGGCUCUUGGUACUGACACAGGCGGCUCAGUACGGUUGCCUGCCGCGUACACGGGCGUGGUGGGAUUCAAGCCCUCGUACGGGAUGCUCUCGCGCUAUGGCGUGGUUCCCUAUGCCAACUCGCUCGACACGGUGGGAUUGCUGGCGAAGGAAGUAAGGCCCAUCGCCGAGCUGAUUCUUGGAGGAGCCGACAAGGUAACAAGGGGCCUCUGGGCCGAGCACGACCCGCUCGAUCCCACGAGCCUCUCCCACGGGGCGCGCAGACGGUGCGCCAGCCAACGGGACUGCUACACCGGUCCCCUUCCCAAGGACCCGUACCCGCUCAAAAACCUCAAGUUCGGUCUCCCGCUCGAAUACAACAUUACGGAACUCUCGCCUUCGAUCCGGCACAGCUGGUCCGCCGCUGCCGCCAAACUGCAAUCCCUCGGCGCGCGCCUGGUCCCCGUCUCCCUGCCCUCGACCCGCCACGCCCUGUCGGCGUACUACGUCAUCGCGCCCGCCGAGGCUUCGUCCAACCUGGCCAAGUAUGACGGCAUCCGGUACGGCACGCGCUUCACGCCUCCGACCGAGAGCGAUGCCGCUGUUUCGAAAGGCCCAGAAGGACAAGAAGAAGAAGAAGAAGGGAUCCUCUAUGCCCGCGCCCGCACCGCUGGUUUUGGGGAUGAAGUUAAGCGUCGUAUUCUCCUAGGCGCUUACACCCUCUCCUCUGCCGCCAUGGAUAAUUACUUUCUCAAAGCACAGAAGGUGCGUCGGCUGGUAAGGCGAGACUUUAACCGCGUCUUUGCGCUGCCCAACCCUCUUCUGGACAAGCCGGAAAGAUUUGAGCUCAGCGAGUUGCCGGAGACGGUCGGGCUGGAGGAUAAGUGGGGGCCUACGGAGGUGGAUUUCCUGCUGUGCCCGACGGCGCCAACGACUGCGCCUAGGCUGGAUGAAGUGCUGAGUGAAGAGGAGAAGGAUCCGGUGAGCGCUUACAUGAAUGAUGUGUUUACUGUACCGGCGAGCUUGGCGGGGUUGCCGGCUAUCAGUGUGCCGAUGAGGGUCGAGGAUAAGGAGGGAGCGGGCAUGGCUGGGUUGCAGCUUAUUGGGCAGUAUUGGGAUGAUGCUAGGCUGCUGGCUGUUGCAGAGACGGUAGCUGGCGUUGUCAGGGAGGAGCUAUAGACGGCUUAAAUUUUUCGACGCGGUUUAACAAAGAUUCAAUUGUCCUGUGGGUAUAUUUGGAUUUGUUUGCUUAAUUGAUACCCCUGAAUAUCCAUUAUUUACGUCCAUAUCAUUAACAGCCCAUAAGGCAUAGACAGCAGCCCUAAACUAUCAUACAAUACCAUCCAAUUCCAGAAACAUACCUAGGAAAAACACCAAAAGAACCCCCCUAACAACUCCAUCACCUACCUCCCUGGGUAUACUCCAACACCUCCUAUCCGACUCAGUUAUGGCCUUCCAAAUGCCACUCAAAUACC